UGCGAAUCGUUUUGCUUCAUGAGGUGGUUUUGUUUUGCAUGUUCUUAUAAAAAAUCAGAAGGGUUGAACUCUCAACUCAUUAUCUGUUGACAGGAAGUAGUUCUCUUCUUCGUCUGUAAUUGUGGCUGAAGAUGGGUUUCUGGACUUUGCUGGAAGGUUUUCUGCUCUUUGCUAAUGACCUGGCAAUUCUGAAUGAGGACCGGUUCCUUGCUCCAAGAGGGUGGACCUUGGCGGAACUCCAAGCUGGAAGAAGAAAUUCAUUCAAGGGUCAAGUCAUUGGGCUUAUACAUGCAUGCCAGUUCAUGAGAUUGCCACUUAUACUUUGA